ACCCUCACCCGGAUCAAAAAAUCAAGGAUCAUUCCAAAUGUUCCCAAAAAAAACAUGUCAAGCCGAAACAGCAUGUUCUGAUAUGGUGGCACGUCCAAAGCUCCUUGCCUUUUUCUUUUCACGAUCGCUACUAUCAUGCUUGAUGAUGCGGUUCAUGGGCAGCAUGGCAGAUGGUCAGCGGCUGAGAGCCCGGAGCGAUUGGUGGUUGAUUUGACAAGAGGUGUUGAUAUCCGUGCGGAGAAUGCAGAGCGAAAAGUCACCUUCCAGCUUCCCUCAGCCCAUGUACCGAAACCGUUAAGCGCAGCCAGACGUCAUAUUAAGCCUCCAGACCCCGUACCAUUAGGACAUAUCCAAGCGACCAUCUACGACACUGGUCGACACCAACCAGUCCCAGCUUCCUCCACCUCUCCGGUACCAACACGAAAGCUACUCAACUGGGGCCCUGAUGAUAUUGAUGUGGAGGGAAGUGGUGUGGGAGGCGGGAGAGGAAGAUUAACUGAAAAGGUCGACGGGGGAUGGAAGAAGGAAUUGAAACAGAAAUCAAAGCAAAAGGAGAACCAUUCAUUAGACGAGCCACCAUCAGGGAAGGCAGAUGUGCAAGUGGACGAUUCCGCAAAAUCCUUGUUGCGCUUUGAGCAAGUGCCAGACAACCCUGCUGUACUCAUCAAAAAGAGUACGGAUGCCGAAAAUGCUGGGACGGAAACUAAAAGUACGAAAGCUUCACCAGCUCCAUCUCGCCCAAUGUCCGCCAAAAGACCACUUUCCGGUCGUAGUGGUCAGUCAAACUCUCACACACGUCGUUCGCCAAACCAAAGUCUUCCCUCGGCUACCGCAUCCAGCGACGAUCCCAUGAUGUCUGGCGUAUCCCUGUCCAGUCUACCGCUCGCAACUGAACACAAGCUCCCUGUGACGUAUUUACCAGCAUCGUUGACAAAGAUGCAGACAGUGCGGAGCAAUAUUGAUCAAUAUAGGAUUGAACAAAUUGCGCUUCGCCGCCUUCGCUUUGUAAUUGAAAAUAACGAAGCCGAACCAGACCAUCUUUCCAUGAUCGAUCUUGUUGAGCAAGGCAACGUACCACAACACAUUCUCCGCCGCUACUUUGGCCCCGCUUAUAAAAACGUUCACGAAAUCCGUGUUCUCCUCCUUCAAUCCAUCGACCGAACACGACGCUUGCGUCACAGACCUCCAACACCGUGCAAUGCUCCCCCAAGCAAUGAGCAUCCACAUCAUCUCCUUCCACGUACCGCCAGUCCUUCACCACUUCCAGAUUAUGUAGACCCCGACGAGGAUGUACCUCUUGGACGACAAGCAGUGCGGAUCUUUUCCCCUCGAAGAUCCGUGACUACACCAGAGGACCUUUUGCAAAUGCUGGACCAGGUAGAAAAGAGUAGAAGUGGGAGCGCCCAAAAAAAGGGAGCUAGAAAGGGGAGUGGCAAAAAGAGGACCAGCACAACCAGGACCGCUCGAAAGAGUUUAUCAACGAGGGUUGAGGAAGGUGAUGUACCAGGUGCCAAGCUAAACGAUCCUACGGCUGCACUUUCAGGAGAACAGAUUUUACGCAUGAUUGAGAGGAGGAGACUACGGCAUUUGAAAUUGUAAACUAUCUAUUAAUAUAAAGAGAAAUCUUGCAAAG